CCACCCAAACUCCUUCAAAUUCAGCAGAAGAAGCUCUGGAUCCUGUCGUGCUGCUGUUUUUUGUUCUCUGUUCUGCUCCAGCGACACUCCACUGAGAAAACAAAGAAACGAAUCUGGUUUCCAACGAGAAUCUGUGCCGGGACUUUUCAAACUUAUACCUUCAACCUUUGAAACCUUUAGGGACAUUUUAUUUCAUUUUCCAUUUCCAAUUUCCAAUUUCCAAUUUCCAAUUUCCAAUCUGUCAUAAUCUUUCAUUGUAUGAUAUUAUAUUCCACAUCCUAUUGUCUUCCACUUUCUUUCAUUUCACUUUCAUUUGUUCUUCCAUAUCUUGCUUCAUCUUCUAUUGUAUAAUUUCCCCCUCAAUUUAUUGUAUUUUACACUUUUUCACUCCUCAUAUGCGCUGAAUCUCAUAAUGGACCUGUUUCCAAUUAAUUUACCUUUAAAGGAUAUAACUCACUUAGACCAGAAUAAUAACUAUCAUAACACUUUAGACCUAAAUUUAACGAAAAACUCUUAUUCAAUAUCAAUAGCAUUACUAAACAAAUCUCCUUUUAAAUCUUUUGCAUCAAAUAGCACUCAUAAUAAUAAUAUAGAUGAUGAAAACGAUGAAAAUGAUGAAAAUCACGAAAAUCACGAAAAUGAUGAAAAUAUUAAUAAGACCUUUUUAAAUCCAAAUUCACCUCAAUUUGAAUCCACUAAUUACUCAGAUUUAUUAAAUUUCCUUAAAAAUGAUUAUAAUACCUCUUUUCAAAAUAAUUCCCUCUUGGUAAAUACCUCAAAUCACUCAAUGACUAAAAAUGUCUUAUCUUCUUCUUUCGAUAAUUAUUUAUCCAAUUUUGCUAUAAACCAAUUGAUAUCAAACUCAGAUAAUAAAUUAAUCGAUAGCAUUAAUGAUAAUGAUAAUGAUAAUCAAAAUAAAAAUAAACAUAACAAAACUAACAAUAAUAACAAUAAUAACAAUAACUUAUCACUAUCAGAUGAUUUAUUAAAUCUAUUCCAAUCAAUAGAAAAUAAUAACUCCAACAACAACAGUACUCUCAUACUCAAAUUAUUAAUAGAAAACUCAAUAUACAAUUUAAAUGAUUACUUCGCCCAAAAUAAUAUUCAAAAUACCCUCCUCUCCUUGUCUGAAAUCUUAGAUCUUAAAAACUCUUUAUCUUUUUUAAAUAACCAAAAAUCACAAUUAAAUGGCUCCUUCAUAAAUUCAAUCAAUUUAUUGAAAAAUUAUACUCUACUAUCCAUAAACAACAACAAUAACAAUAACAAUAACAAUAAAGAUGAUGAAAAUUUAACUCUAGAAUUACUAUCCCAACUUAUAGACUCAAACUCAAACUUAAAUGCAAUCAACAAACAAAUCAAUUCAAAAAAUUUAUCUCUAUUAAAUCACUAUUACAACUCUCUUCUACUCGGCUAUAUCAACAACAUAUCAAACUCUUUUCUCUUUUCUAAUGACAAAAAGUUCUUCAACUCAAUUAAUACCCCUUUAAUUCAUCCUCAAUCUAUUCAAAACAAUUUAUAUCUAAAAUCUCUAGACAAAAUUUUUGCUCAUAUCAACUCAAUUGCUGCAAAACGUAAUAUAAGCUUACCAAUAAAUUCUCUGGUUGAUAAUAAAACUGAUAAUAAAAUUAAUAAUAAAAUUGAUAAUAAAACUCAAUGGAUCCAAAAUUGUAUAGACACUCUAUUCCACAAUAAUAUCAAUACAACCACUACUAAUAACACCGAUAAUGACAUCUCUAAAAAUAAAUCGGGCUUGCCUAUAUAUCAUACAAACUCUUCUUCCACAUCCCUUGCUUCAAAUGAAAACACAUUUGUCACAAGAACUUCUCCUUCCUCAACAACAUCAACAGAAUUAACCUUCUCUUCUCCUACCCAACUAUCCAAGUUAAAACUUACCACCAAUAUUAAUACUCAUAACAAUAAAGAAAACGAUGCUGAUAAUAACAAUAAUAAUAAUAAUAAUAAUAAUAAUAAUAAUAAUAAUAAUAAUAAUAAUAAUAAUAAUAAUAAUAAUAAUAAUAAUAAUAAUAAUAAUAAUAAUAAUAAUAAUAAUAAUAAUAAUAAUAAUAAUAAUAAUAAUAAUAAUAAUAAUAAUAAUAAUAAUAAUAAUAAUAAUAAUAAUAAAAUUAAAAUUAAAAUUAAAAUUAAAGAUAAUAAUACUGAUAUAAAUGACAAUAAUAAUCUUUCAAAUUCCAAUUUAACCAACCUUAGUAAAGAUCAAUUAAUAAACCAAAUUAAUGACUUAAAAACAGCUUUAAACGAUUUGAAAUUUUCUCAAAAAUAUAUUCUUAAACAAUACAAUAAUGAAAAGGAAUUUUAUUCAAAAUCUCUCAAUGAUGUUAAUUUAUUAAAUGCAAAUUUGCAAAAUAAAUUAUCAAAUUCAAUCCAAAAUUUGGAAAAUACUACAAAAAAAUUACUAGAUAUCCAAGUUACUAAAGAUAAACUAGAUUCUCUUUUAAAGAAAACAAUGAAAGAAAAUAAUUCCUUGAAAAAAAAAUUGACAAUUUUAAAAAUCGAUAAUUUAAAUAUCAAUUCAAUUAAUUCUUUAAACUCAAUAAAUUCAUCAAAUUCAGUAAAUUAUCCGAACCAUGAUUCUUCUUUAUCAUUUUCUGCAGGAUCAACUCAAAGUUUCAAUUCUAUAUCCUCUGAAGAUACUACUCAAAUUGUUAACCACACACUAAGAACAACUUUUAGAAGAGAUUCAAGUUUAUUAUAUUCUCCAAUAACUGGCUUUAGAAUCAAAACUAAAGAUUCCCCAUUAUCAAAUCCUUCGACUCCAUAUUUUCAAUCGAAUUUUUUUUCAAAUAAUAACAAUAGCGCUAAUAACAGUACUAUAAACGAAUAUAAUGACUUUGAAGGUCCAAAAGGCAGUGACAACAACUCUUAUUUUUCAUUACCUGUAAAACCGUCUCUUAAAGCUGGUAAUACAUUACCAAUAAUUUCUCAUUUGAAGUCAGAAUUUAAGAAAAUGGUUGAAGAUUUAAGUAACGAUCAUUAUAAAGAAAUUACUACUGAACAUGCUGAACGGAAAAGAUUGGAAAAUUUAGUUAAAUUGUACCAAGAAAAAUUUGGGAAAUUAGAUUCUAGUGAAAACAAAACUUUUAGUAUGGAUAGUAAUACUUUCUUGAGAUCAAAAGAUAAUUACUUGUUUAAUGAUUCUGUCACAAAGACUAAUGAUUUUGCGUCUGAAUUAAAAAUUCGGGAGUUGGUUUAAAAAAACAAAAAAUCAAGUUAUAUUUAAUGGCAUUCAGCAAAAUGUGUAUUCAAUGGUUUCAAUGUUUUCAAAAUUUAUUUAUUUAUUUAUUUAUUUAUUUAUUUAUUUAUUUAUUAUUAUAUUAUAAUUG